CCUUUCGGGCAAGCGGCGGUUUUGCCCGUUCUAGAGAUGGCCGCGCCUGCCUCCCUUCGCCCGGCGUCGGGAGCGGCCCGCGCGACGUACGGAAGCGUCUUGGCGAAUGGCGCCGCUUGCGCAGCGAGGAGCGCCGACGGCGUGCGCGUGCGCGGCGAGGCAGCUCCGUGACUGGCGGGGCGGAGGGCGACCUGCGAGCAGCGGCGACCCCGGCCCGGCCCGCCAUGUCCAAGCGGCUGCGGAGCAGCGACGUUUGCGCGGAUUGCAGCGCUGCGGAGCCGAGCUGGGCCUCCGUCAACCGCGGCGUCCUGCUGUGCGAUGAGUGCUGCAGCGUCCACCGCAGCCUCGGCCGCCACAUCUCCCAGGUGCGGCACCUGAAGCACACGGCCUGGCCCGCCACGCUGCUGCAGAUGGUGGAAACCUUAUAUAACAAUGGCGCCAAUUCCAUUUGGGAGCAUUCGCUGCUGGACCCAGCCUCGGUCAUGAGCGGACGGCGCAAAGCAACCCCUCAGGACAAAGUGCACCCCAACAAGGCAGAAUUCAUUCGGGCAAAAUACCAGAUGCUGGCCUUUGUUCAUCGCUUGCCGUGCCGGGAUGACGACAGUGUGACUGCCAAGGACCUCAGCAAGCAACUCCACUCCAGUGUCAGGACUGGCAACUUGGAGACCUGUUUGAGGCUUCUCUCGUUGGGAGCACAGGCCAACUUCUUCCACCCGGAGAAAGGGAACUCCCCGCUUCACGUUGCUGCCAAGACUGGGCAGAUUUUGCAAGCUGAGUUGUUGGCUGUGUAUGGAGCUGAUCCUGGCACCCCAGACUCCUGUGGGAAGACACCGGUGGAUUAUGCAAGGCAAGGAGGCCACCAUGAGCUGGCCGAGCGCCUGGUGGAAAUACAGUACGAGCUCACCGAUCGGCUGGCCUUCUAUCUCUGUGGCAGAAAACCAGAUCACAAAGGCCGGCAGCAUUUCAUUAUACCUCAGAUGGCAGAUAGCAGCUUAGAUGUCUCGGCGCUGGCCAAAGCAGCCAAGAAGAAGCUUCAGUUGUUGACCAAUCACCUGUUUGAAGAGCUGGCCAUGGACGUCUACGACGAGGUGGACAGGCGGGAGACAGACGCAGUGUGGCUUGCGACCCAGAACCACAGCACUCUGGUCACCGAGACAACUGUGGUCCCUUUCCUUCCUGUCAAUCCGGAGUACUCCUCAACGAGGAACCAGGGAAGGCAGAAGCUGGCCCGCUUUAACGCCCACGAGUUUGCCACGCUGGUCAUUGACAUCCUGGGGGACGCCAAGCGAAGGCAGCAGGGGAACCCUGUUCCAAGUGCCACAGGCGGUUGGCAGAGGCUCUCCCAGCAGGGGCCACCGCUGCAGGGAUUGCUCUCUUUGGCCUCAGAAAAUGUGGAGCUGAUCCUCAAGUCAGUCAGCUGCCAGCCCGGUCCAGAGGCCGACCAGCCUGACUACGACAGCGUUGCCUCCGACGAAGAAGGCGAUCUGGAAGCAAGCUCAGGGAAGGCCUCUCGGCAGAAGAGCCUGGACUCUGACUUGUCUGACGGCCCCAUCACUGCCCAGGAAUACCUGCAGGUGAAAAACGCCCUGGUGGCCUCGGAGGCGAAAAUCCAGCAGCUUUUGAAGGUGAACGUCAACUUGAGCGAUGAGCUGAGGACCAUGCAGAAGAAGCUUCAGACCCUGCAGAGCGAAAACUCGAGCCUCCGGCGGCAGGCCACCCCCAACCCCUACCCGGCUCCGGCUGGCUCCGAGUACGCGGACAGGCCCUCCGUGCGCCGCCCCUCCGUGCGCAGCAGCCGGCCCAUGUCGAUGUACGAGACGGGGUCUGCCCAGAAGCCCUACCUGCCCCUAGCCGAAGCCUCUUGCUCCGAGGAGCACACCACGCCCCGGCUCCAGCUCUUCCACAUGUCCCGACUGGAGAAACAGAGCAGCUUGCCCGAGGGGGAUUACGACAACACCGCCCCUGGCCUGGAGCUGGACGAGACAGGGCUCAUCAGGAAGGCAAGGCAGCGGAGCGGCCUCGGGCCAGAGGGCAAGGACCCCGAGGCCCAUCCCAGCACUGGCUUCCCUAGCACCGAAGAUGUGAUUCGGAAGACCGAGCAGAUCACCAAGAACAUCCAGGAGCUGCUGCGGGCGGCUCAGGAGAGCAAGCACGAGAGCUAUGUUCCCUGCUCGGAGAAGAUUCAUCUGGCUGUCACUGAGAUGGCAGCCCUCUUUCCGAAAAAACCGCCAUCGGAGCUGGUGCGCACCCCUCUGCGGCUGCUGACCUCCAGCGCCUUCCGCCUGCAUUCCGAGUGCACGAAGGCCCUUCCGCCCGAGUCUUGCUCCACGGCCGACGUCCAGCUGGUCACCCAACAGGUCAUCCAGUGCGCCUACGACAUUGCCAAGGCUGCCAAGCAGCUGGUCACCAUCACAACCAAAGAGAACGCCAACUGAGCGGGCUCCGGCACAGCUUCUGCUGUUGUCUUGGAAACUGUGUUCAGGUUUUCAGGGGAUGCUCUUUUUUACAGGAAUAUUUAAAGCGGUGCGUUACCAUUUUUUUAAAGGAAGCUCAGUAUUAAUUUUUUUGCAUGUUUUUUUUCUAAGAAGACUUUUUCCCAGGAUUGCUAUAAUCCACUGCCUUAUUUGGUGCUCUGUAUUUGCCGGCAUGGAGCGUGUGCGCUGGAAGUCUUAUCUUGAGUCAACCAUCACCAUCUUGCAGGACGUUUUUGCUGUUACAAGGAGGUUUGAAUCCUGCACACCUGUUGCAAACUCGGAUGCCCAGAUCAGAAUUCAGGUACCUGCCCUGGAAUCCUGCUGUGCAGUCGCUUGGCAUUAUUGAACCACUAAGGAGCACCCCGCGAUCUCUCGAGAUACAGGGAAUAGUCAGAAGGAAACCCCACUUUCCUGCUUGGUCCGUCUGGGGAGCGGAAGAUGCUUGUGGCUCCAAUUGGAAGGGAGAAGGAACAGCCUCCCUUCCUGUCGGGGCCAAAGGGCAGCCCCUCCACCCCGGAGGCCAGCAUCCGAGACAGAGCCAGGCAGGCCCCCGGCGGCUCCUCAUGCUGGACUUUCUGGAAAGUGCUUUUGCAAAAUAACUAUGCCUUGGGAGGCUUCGUGCCUUCCCCAGUAUGGAAAGCUCUUGUAUCUGCUCUUUUUUUAUUAUUAUUAUUAUUAUUCCCUGCCCUACUGAUACGGAUGCAUGAGGGUCUUUUCUAGCGUGCCUGCGGAAGGCCUGGCCAGAAAAGGGGGCCCGUGCAGGGGAGGUGGCCAAGCACGGCCAGUGAGCGCCCAGCCUCCCCACUGGCAGCUGGAGGUAGGCCAGGGAGGGAGAGCUGUUCAGGCAACCCAUUGUGCCGGCUUCCCCUCUGCGUCUGCCACGCCAUCCCCAUUUGUUACGGCACAGGCCUUUUUGUAUGAAGUAUGAAGAAAGCACACGGUCAAGGCACAAUGGCCAAUCAAUGCAAAAAAACAUUUUGGGGGAGAAGUUGGGGGUCGCUUCCCCAGUGGUCAGUGAGAGUUGGAAGCUUCCGAGCAAAUGCAGCGGCUUGGCCAAGGCUGCCCAGCAGCCCCCGAGAAUGACGGGUGAAGCAGCCAGCAGCCUGGCCUUCCCCCAGACAUCCUGUCCACGGGCUGCUCUGCCACCUGGCCCUGAGGACUCGCCUGCAGCCAGAGAGCAGCCGUUGGCUGCCCCAGGCCUGGCUUGCUCAGGCCCUGCAAGAAUGGGGGCACAGCUGCUUCGUGGCUGUAGAGACAAACUCCCCACCUCCAUGUUAAAACCACAACUAAGUGAAGACUCUGUGGAGUGUGUGUAUACGUGUGUGUGUGUGUAUGUGUGUAAAUCUUAACAUGUAUAAAAACAAGUGCCAUAAUA